AUACGAACCCAAGAAAGAGGCGAAAAGAAUCCACCCCACCCCCAAUCUCUCCCAACAACCUCCACCCCCGGCCAAUCUCUGCCCCCACCGGACGAAGCUAUCAGGAUGAGUGAGUUGCUUUGAUCAGCAGCAACAACAGCUGCUAUCAUAAAUGGUGGUAGAGGGAGAUGAGAGGAGAAGAAGAUUAUCAUGAGAUGAAACGAAGAAGCAGGUGGUUUAGUGCCUCUUCUACCUCCCUCAUCAUCACAUGCUUCGAUCGUUGAAUCGUUGGCCACCUGUUGGCGAUGAUGGCUGCUGCUGCUUCUUCCUCCUCUUCUUCUUUCCUCCUCCUCUUCCUUCAUUUGCCUCCAAUCGUCCACCACCACCGCCCUCCUUUCUUCUCCCUCCCCGCUUUAAACGCUGUUCACUCCUCUCGGUUUUCGUCCUUCCAAUGCAACAAAAGAUCAAGAAGGAAGACAACAAUCCCCGUCCCUAUAGCUGUCGUCCCGGGGCGGUCGAGGUCGAGAUCGUUGGCGGAGGGGAAGGGGGGUGACGGAGAGGCUAUUGUCCAAGAGGAAUUUGUUGAACCCGAGCAGACGGGGUUUCACUCCGAUGGCCUCGAGAAUGGUGCGAGUGAUGCAGCCACUCACAGUUCUCCUGCCCGAUCUUGGCAGCAGAGGAGCGCAGUCUCUACGGAGACAAUUUCUCUUGGCAUCAGAGAACCUGUUUAUGAGGUGAUAGAAGUAAAAUCUGAUGGAAGAAUCUCUACAAAAAAGAUUAACAGGCGACAAUUGUUGAAGUCAAGUGGUCUUCGCCCUAGAGAUGUUAGAAGUGUUGACCCAUCAUUAUGGUUGACAAAUUCAAUGCCUUCUUUGCUGGUACGUGAGCAGGCUAUUUUGUUAAACCUUGGCACCUUAAGAGCAAUUGCAAUGCAUGAACGAGCUCUUGUAUUUGAUUAUAAUCGCAAGGGAGGUAAAGCCUUUCUGAAGGCAUUGUUGCCUCGCUUAAAUCCUAAAAACAUCAAUGGAGGACCUGACAUGCCUUUUGAACUUGAGAUGUGAAUCUUGCCAUGGUCAUGCAGAAAAGUUACUUGACUCUGCAAAGGAAAUGGAAGACUCGAUUGCUGUGAAUUUAAGCUCCCGCCGGCUUGAGGUUAGUAGAGUCGAGCUGCUUCUUCAGGUUGGGACAUUUUGUGUUGCUGUUGGUGCUUUAGUAGCAGGAAUAUUUGGGAUGAACCUGAAAUCAUACCUUGAGGAACAUGUGUUUGCGUUUUGGCUGACAACAGCAGGAAUAAUAGUUGGUGCAGUCGCUGCAUUUUUCAUCAUGUAUUCUUAUCUGAGGGCAAGAAGAAUAUUUUAGCCUUCUGGCUAUUUCAUAUCGAAACCUAUUUACAUGACCACAUAGCGUCUUCUUUGGUUAGCUUGCAAACUUUGUGCAAAUGAGAAAUAUGGUUUUAAUGCCAGUAGGUCACUAGCCUGUGAAUCACACAGAACAUGCGUGUCCAGCAAAAUGAAAUUUUGUGGGAGGCGUUUGCAACAUUUUUGCUCUCAUUUUCAGUGCUUAUGAUUCGUUUUUGCAGUACUUAGUGGAACUUUUUUU